CACCACUACCUCCACCUCCACCUCCACCACCACUCCCACCACCACAGACCCGACCUCGACUCUCAUGCGCCGGACACGAUAGCGUUUGUCUGCUUGCUUGCUUGGGAGACGGAGCGCCUAACCCGACAAUCGACGACCUCCAGCAUUGGGCCUGUGUUAUUGCUACUCCACCACGCAUAUUCUAUCUAUUCCACCGCCGCGCAUUGUCGACCACGGUGUAGCAGGAGCACUAGGCAUAUCAGGACGCGAUUCACAUUGUAGACUACAUACAGACAGUGCCCGGCGAUUGCAAUGCCUCACCAAGCCCGCCAGAGUGUGCAGGAGACGACCUCGUUCGGACAAGUCAUCGAGUAUAUUCAAGAUCGUCUCUAUCUGGCAUCUUACACGCACACGCCCGACGACAGCACGCCGUUCCCAUAUCCCGCCAAGCAGAGCCGUUCGCCACACAAGUCGAGGUCGUCGCGCGCGCAGGCCAACCCCCAGCCCGUGCCAGCAACGUCUCCCCAGCAUCCGCCCUUCUACUUCUCCAUCGACCACAGCUUGCUGUACAAUGCUUUCCACGCCGACUUUGGUCCACUGCACAUCGGCCAUCUGUAUCGCUUCGCCGUCCAGCUCCACGAAGUACUCGGACAUCCAGACAAUGAGAAUCGCGCCGUUGUGUUCUGGAGUCAUGCCGAUUCGAGAAGCCGAGCCAAUGCCGCAUGCAUUCUCGCCACAUAUAUGGUCUUGAUUCAGAACUGGCCGCCCCAUCUUGCGCUCGCACCCAUCGCCCAGAUGGAUCCGCCCUGCAUGCCUUUCCGCGACGCAGGAUACAGCCAGGCCGACUACUCUCUCACAAUCCAGGAUAUUGUCUACGGAGUGUGGAAAGCGAAAGAAGAGGGACUGGUGGGCUUGAAGGAAUUCAGCCUAGAGGAGUACGAGAAGUACGAGCGAGUGGAUAUGGGCGACUUCAACUGGGUGUCCCCCGAUUUCCUGGCAUUCGCGUCCCCACAGCACCAGCCCACGCACAUCUUCCAGCCCAGUGAACCGCUCUACAGCCAGCUGCCGCGGUCAGUGUCGGCAGUGAAGCGCGAUCCGUCCCUACCGACGCCCUUCAAGAACGUGCUCACACACUUUGCGGAGCGCGGCAUCGGACUUGUCGUCCGUUUGAACUCGGAGCUCUACUCGCCCAGCUACUUCACCGCGCUCGGGAUCAAGCAUCUGGACAUGAUUUUUGAUGAUGGAACCUGCCCACCUCUGAACCUCGUAAAGAAGUUCAUCAACCUUGCUCACCAGAUGAUCAAUGAAAAGGGCAAGGGCAUUGCAGUUCAUUGCAAAGCAGGUCUCGGCCGCACAGGAUGCUUGAUUGGAGCCUACCUGAUCUACCGCUACGGCUUCACUGCAAACGAGGUUAUUGCCUUUAUGCGAUUCAUGCGUCCGGGCAUGGUGGUUGGUCCCCAACAACAUUGGUUACACCUGAACCAAGGCACUUUCCGCGAAUGGUGGUUCGAAGACACCAUGCGAGAGAAGAUUAUGGCGUCGAUGCAGCCCGCCACGCCCACACGACUCCAGCAAUCCAACAACAGAAGGCUCGCGAGCAACGGCCAGACUUUCACUCCUCCUAAUGCCGAGCGUCAGCAACACAGUCCUCGUCGGGCACUAGGUGAAAUCACGAAUAACGAGGGCGCGCCAGCAUCAGCAUAUACCGACCACAUGAAAAGUAGCGUUGGCGUGGCAGAUGAAAAUCUGCCUGCCCCGACGCCUGGGCAGCCACGAAAGACAAACAAGGUCUACGGUGGUCGUAGAAUCAUGACCGAGAAUCAGCCUUUCGCCCGAAGAUCGGAUGCCGAGAUAGUUAACAGCAGCACACGAUCGAGAGCCCCCAAAGAUGCCAAUGAGACGGAAGAAGAAUACGCGCUUCGAAUGCUGUCUCGCAAAGCAAGUCAGUCUCCUGUUAGUCGCAGCGCUGCCAAGCGGAGAGCAGUAUCGUGUACGACCACCACGACGACUACAACCAAGUGGGAGGCGCCUUCAGACACCAGUGACGGCGAGAAUCGCCCAGCGUCCGGCGAUGAACUUGCAGGCAUCACCAGUCCGAGCAAGCCGCCAAAGACUCCUUCUGCAAAGAGUGGUAGUGGGGUUGGUACCUUGAGCGUCGGAAAACGCUCAUCGCCUAGCAGGCGUAGCACAGAAGGCAAAACCAGCGUACGCAAGACCAGCGGACGCGUAGGCAGUGUCGGGACUAUGCGAGGGCACAAGGCUUCAUGAGUUGUGUGACACGAAUGAUGUUCAAAGUGGUUAACGUGCAGUACAAAGAGAGCACAUUUUUCUUUCUGGUAGCUGCUGGGCGAGGCGUUGGGUGAUGUGAUGUUGCAUGGGAAUCUCGUAAGGGGGCCAUAACGAGGCACGGGUUCGGUCUGGGUCAAGGGGGGUGGGGCGAAAGCAUUCGAGCAUUCGCGGCGUUUGGAAGGUUGCAUUUUUUUCUCCUUCGCACUACGGCGCGCAGCUGAUUACUAGGCAUCGAGAGACGAUUAACAUGAAGCUGUAUUUGUCAUAUCAGACCUUUGAGAC